CAAUAUGGCUGCGACAUGGCCUGAAAUUCAAAGCAACUAAGUUGCCCUAUAUUAAACUAGAUAUAAAUAUGAGUGACAACUACUCGCAUCCUCCGGAAGAUCCUCCAUCGUAUACCGAAAGCACUCACCAGCAACAGCUGGUUACAGGUCCAAGCUCUCCCCCCCUUAGCGACAACAUCACCAUCCCACAAAAAGCCCCACAGUAUGAAGGAAACAACGAAUAUCCGCCCGAAAAACAACAACCUCCUCCCAAUGGCAAGUAUGACCCGAUGGCAGACCCAAAAGUAUACAAGGUCCCCCCACAAUUGGUAAAUAUCACACAGGCCAAUCCCCAGCACUUGAAUCCUUCAUAUCCACAAUACCAGGAACGCGAACAGCAGAGAUUGGCCCAAGGACAUGCCCCCAAUCCCGCCCGGUGGAAGCACGGGGCACCAUUGGAACCGGGGAAAACGAACCCGCUGCACAAAACUGGUGGCAGUUCGUUUCCCGGCCGUGGUGGUGCCACUUACAACAAUGCAGCCAACAAGUAGGAGUUGAAGGUUUGGUAUUUGUGGUAAGGCUUGUGGGUAGUCUGCUUUUAUAGUUGUGUUUGUGUAUGCUCUAGUCUGUCUGUGGUACGUCACAUGACGGUCUCACCAUUAUAUGUCCAACCACCAAACUGUUUCUGCACCGACUCACUCAAAAAACUAUCCACCACCGAGUCCUGCGGCCGCUCACUGGUAAAGUCCUGGUCGAAGUUCGACGUGUCUAGUAAACUGGCCACAUUUGGCUUAAAUGGCGGCAGAUAUCCCUUACUGUUCAACUUGUCCCAAUCAAUGUCCUUAAAGAAAGCAUGGGCCUUAAUCUCCUUUGGAUCGGAAAGCCGUUUUGAUGGGUCUUUCUGCAACAACUUCGUCACCAAGUCCACCACCAGUGGCUCUUUGGCAAGAAAGUCUGGGAACGUCAACGGGUUUUGAAGAAUCUUUCUAUACAUCGUAGUAUGGUCUUCGUCGUAAAAUGGAGGUAAACCCGUGAGCAUCUCGUAAAGAAGGGUUCCGAGAGUCCACCAGUCAACGGACCGAGUGUACCCCUGGUUCAAAAGAAGCUCGGGUGCCAAGUACUCGGGAGUACCACAAAAAGUGUUGGUUUUGUCAUCGUUGUUCAUGUUAAGCUUACAAAGGCCAAAGUCACACAAGGCGAUAUGGCCCUGGUAAUCUAAUAAGAUGUUCUCUGGCUUCAAGUCCCGAUAAAUCACAUUCAACUCGUGCAAACUCUCAAGGGCAGAAAGCAACUCGGCGAUGUAGAACCGGGAG